AUGAACCGCCCCGCCACCGCCCAGACACGCAACGAACAGGAGAUGAUGGAGAAAUCCAAGCGCGCGCUGGAGACGGCCACCGACCCCGUGGAGAAGCUGCGCUUGCAGCUGCUGUCCAGGGGAUCAUCUGGCAUCAUCGGUUUUGGCAGGGUGUUCCGUCGCAUGGACGACGACAAGAACCGCAUGCUGAACCUGGAGGAGUUCGGCGAGGGCAUGCGGGACUCCGGCCUCAAGCUGAAUGACGCCGAGCUCAAGGCCAUGUUCCAGGCGUUCGACAAGGACAAGUCGGGCUCCAUCAGCUUCAACGAGUUCCUGGAGAAUAUUCGCCCCCCAAUGUCGGCCGCCCGGCGGAACGUGCUGAUGGAGGCGUUCCGCAAGAUGGACACCAGCGGCGACGGCGUGCUCAGUCUGGAGGACAUUCGGCAGACGUACAGCGUCGACUCGCACCCCAAGUACAUUAGCGGCGAGCUCACCAAGGACCAGAUCCUCAAUCAGUACCUGGCCAACUUCGAGAAGAACGGCACGGUCGACGGCAAGGUGACCAAGGAGGAGUUCAUCGACUACUACUCGGGCGUCAGCGCCUCCAUCGACACUGACGCCUACUUCGACCUCAUGAUCCGAAACGCCUACAAGUUGUAGGCGGCCGGCCGGAGGCGGGGCUCGGGAGUCUGCACGGCCAGCGCGUGCCACACCGCGCCGGGCCCGGCCCGGCCGGCGGAGAACGGCGCCAUCUUUGA